AUGGCUGCCUUGCACGAAGCGCUACGAAGUCUGGCCCCGGUUUCCUGGGACGCCAUUCCUACAAAUUCGCCGGACGAAUUGCGAGCAUACACCGCUAAGAUAUUUAAAGAUUCAAGAUUGAUCGUCGAGACGGUCCCGGAGCCUUCCUCACCAUGCAUAUCCCGCAGUCAUCUUGACUUGAAGUCGCCAGUAUCGGCCCCGCAGCUCGCGUCAUUGAAAAAGGAAUGGGGAAAGCCAAUCAAGAUAAACAAUGCAAAGGAGAAUCCCCUUGGUAUUUCUAUAUACAAGCUUAAUGGGAGGGAUGGCAAGGGUGCAUGGUUUGCUCGUCGCAGCAUCCACGAGGGCCUACCGUUCAGCAGGUGGAAAGCAAAAAUGCAGGUGGAGAUGGAGGAGACCCUGAAGGCGAGACAAGAGGAGAUAAGGCAGGGCCAGACUCCCGGAACGAGUAUCCGGGGCAUCGGCGGAGACAGAAAAUUGGAGAUGGUCGAAAUUCGCGAUGCAAGUCGAGAAGGCGUGCUGGGACACAUUGAAGUGUACCAGCUUUCCGCUCAAUUCCCGGGUCCCACGACACCACGCGACUUCGUAACGCUCAUGAUCACGACAGACAGAGCAUUGGAUGAUCAUGACGACACCCAGCUACCGCGAAGCUAUCUCAUCGUCUCGAAACCCUGCGAUCACCCAGAUGCGCCGCCACGUGGAGGCUAUAUACGAGGACAAUACGAAUCUGUGGAGCUCAUCAGAGAAAUACCGGUGAAGUCAAGCGCGAAAAAGACUUCGUCCAAAACAAAAGUCCACGAACGUCCGGCACCACCACGCGCCGCUUCCUUGCCUGCUCAUCUUAAUUAUCAAGGGAACACUCGUUCGGAGGAUCAGCUACAAGAUUGCGCCUCGGAUAGAUCAGCACCACACAGCGCUCCAACGAGCAGAAAUAGAGGGCAAACAGAGACUGCAGUGAAGGACCAGCAAGAGGGGGAGACUGAAGAUGACGAAGUCGUUACAAAUCCUGUGGAGUGGAUUAUGAUCACUCGGAGCGAUCCUGGUGGCAGCGUACCAAAAUGGAUGGUGGAACGGGGAACCCCGAGAAGUAUCGCAGUGGAUGCUGCGAAGUUUUUGAACUGGGCAUCACAACCGGAUCAGCCAGAUGUGGUGUCUGGCGACGUUGAAAAUCAACGGAGGGAAAGCAUCAGCAGUCUUGAGAUGAAUGGAAGCCUGGCAGGUAUCGACGGGGCAGAAGAUGUGCAGGCCGACAGCAAAAGAGUGAAGCAGCUCAAUGAAUCAAUAGGCAAUUUUGCGGAAGCCUGGACUGAUGAUGACGAUGACGACGACGACGACGAUGAUGAUGAGCCGCAGACAGAAAAUGGUUUGUGGGCCAGCGUCAGCAGCAUAAUCCAAACGAUGGAAAGCUAUGCACCUCGAGCGGUUCUGAAUUAUAUUCCUGGUCAUUCACCACAACAGUCCGAGAGUAAGUCCGGAAAUAGAACGGUGCCAGUCAUGGCCUAUUCGGGGAGCGCCCAAGAUGAUGAUAACGGUGCUUCAUUGAUGAGCGACGAUAGUUUUACCAGCGCAGACUCCAACAUGGACGUAUCCGUUUCGGGCGAUGCUGUGCCUCCGUCGACUGCUCACCGGGGUCAUUCUCAAUCAUCCAUAUCUCUUGGAGGUUCUUCCAACGGCCCCAAGGACAGUACAGAGGCGCUUGCCCAGAGCAGUGAUCGCAAGUCGAAAAUAACAUCCCACGAGAAGGAGCUCGCUAAGCUCGCAUCCCGCAAGAAAGAAGUGGAAACCAAAUUAAGGACAGUCCGUUCAGAAAUCGAAUCUCUUGGUCGUCAUCCCGCAGUGCAUGACUUCGAAAGCGGACCCGAUAGUGAUCGCACCAGCACCAGCAGCAACGUGACCAGGCAGAACGGCAACAAAAAGGCCCAAACCCACUCCCAAACCCAGGCGGCAGUCCAGGACCAGAAACGCCAUGCGCAGUUGUCCCGGACCGAAUCGAAACUCGUCUCCCAACUGCACAAGAUCGAAGCGCAACAACUCAAAACCGCGAACAAGCUCGAAUUACGCCAGCGCAAGGAGGCGCAACGCAGGGAGAAAGCACGCUCGCGGUCGGAGAUCGAAGACCUGCGCCGGGAAGUUGACGAUCUCAGGAGACAGGUGCAGGAACUCCGCGAUGAGCGGGGGCGAUGGCUCGAUCUGGUCGGACGACUCCAGCGGGAAAACACCAGGCUCGUGGCUGCAAAUAGCAGUGCGAGCUUGAGGGGGUUGUCGAGCAAAGAGGGCUACGGGACCGAUUAA